CUUUCAAUUGUUAUGGUUGCAAAAGUGUUGACUUUUUGCAUAAGUUUUCGUGCGCCGUGGCGAUUCUGCAAAAGUCACUAUGCUAGUCUCUCUCUGAGCAAACUACAUUUCAAUCACUGAACUUUCAAUGUAAGAAAACAAUCAUGCUCGUGUAAGAGAAAUCAAUACUUUGCUCAUGAAUAGAAAUCAAUGUGGUCAAAAUUAAUCUAUUCAUGAGCAAAGUAUUGAUUUCUCUCUUUGUUAGAAUUUGAAUCGCAACAAUGGAUACGCGCCGCACGGGAACCAGGAAUAUGCAUGUGGUGACAUCUGAGUGGCCGCAAAACCAUAACUGCCCUGGAUCCUCUGACCAAAAUCCCAGCUACCCAGUUUAACUGAGCAUCAACAUUUAUUAGGGUCCUUCGGGAAGCCACGUUCUCAAGUAGCUUUUGGCAAACAAGAUUAAAAAAGUCUCAUACUCUCAUGUGUGAUCCAACGGAAGAAGCUUCCAUUUUUAAAGAUCCUCGAUCCUAGUUUUAAACUACACAAAUUCAAGUACAUCUCUCACCUGAACAUAUCUGUGUCUGAUUCUCUGCUGUUUCCAGAGAUGGCUUAUGCUAGUACCAGUAUUGCCUGGAUUGCAAUCCUUUUUCUUUCGCAACCUUUGAUUGCUAGUAGUGACCUUUUAUCUCCCCUACUGUCCCCUAUCUUUGAUGAUGUGUGCAAAAAAGUGGAAUGUGGGAAAGGAACUUGCAAGCCUUCUGACAAUAGCACUUGGUUUUAUGAAUGUGAAUGUGAUCCUGGGUGGACGCAGACUCGCUUUGAUCAAGAUGAUCAUCUCCAGUUUCUUCCUUGCGUAGUUCCCAAUUGUACCGUGAACUUCUCGUGCACAGCAGCACCAUCACCUGUUCAAGAGAAAGCAAGCAGAUAUAAUCAGUCGAUUUUCGAUCCCUGCUUUUGGGCUGAUUGUGGAGGUGGCUCGUGCAACAAGACAUCUCAGCUCACUUACAGUUGCGCAUGUGCAGAGGGUUAUAGUAACCUUCUGAAUGUCUCUACCUUUCCAUGUUACAAAGAUUGUGCAAUUGGAAUGGAUUGUUCAAACCUUGGUAUUAUGAUGUCAAACAAAUCAGCUGCUCCAACACCUGUUAUGGCUGGCAAUAGUAUGAACCAAGCUUCUUCAAUCCUGCAAGAAAAAUUCCUUCGGCUGAUGGCAUUGAUGAUGUUGCUACCUAUGAUUGAGUGAUGUAGAACUAACAGGCAGAUGCUCGACGGUUGUGGCUUGUUAUCAUGGUGUAAUUACCGUGUCUUACGCCUGAUUUACUUGGCUAUAUUUUUCUAUAACUUUUGCAGCUAUGUAUCCAUUAGGAGACGAGGGGCAGAUAGCUUUGUAUUCACAUAUACGAUGGAGAGGAGCUAGAUUUGGUAAGGAGAUAUGUCAGAGUUAGUGGUUACUGAAUUCAUGUAUUGAGGAUAUUCCAUUGUGGUAUAUGCUACAGUAGUGGCUUCGUUUAUUUGAUCUACAGAACAUGCUGUCACAGUUUGAUUGCAUUAUACUCGUCGGUUUAUUGCAAUUGA